AUGGUUUGGAACCAUCUCAGUCGUUGGUGUAAGGUAGCUCCGAUGUAUUUUUUCGAGUUUAAGGAUCUGCUAAAAGUCCACGAGUACGCCGGUUUUACUGGUCGUAAGAAGGAUAUCCUAAUGGGUCUUAUCAGAAUCGGAUCUGUAUACGGGUCGUAUAAAGUUAUACGGCCUCUAGGGUUCAGAAUGCUUGAAUAUGAUGAUAUUAGAACACUGUAUACUGCAUGUAAACACAGUGGCUUUGUGAUGCAAGGAUCUUCGAAUGCGUCAAGAAGUAAGAAGAAGCUAGAGGAAGAAAAAGAAAAGGCCGACAAAGCGCGUAUACUCAAGUUUUUCCCAAAACUACCUCAAAGUUCUAGUUUUAAUGUUGAUAAAGAUAAUGCAGAUGUUAAUGUGGGUGAAGAUAAUAUGGUUGUUAAUGUGAAUGAAGCUAAUUUGGGUGAAGAUGAUGUUAAUGUUCACGUGGAUGAAGCUAAUGCGGGUGAAGAUGAUGUUGAUGUUAAUGUCAAUGUUAAUGUUAACGUAGAUGAAGCUAAUGUGAGUGAAGAUGAUGCUAAUGUUAAUCCUAGUAUUGAUAUUUUUGAUCCUAGAAAUUUGGAUAGGCUUAAUCCUAACUUGAUUAAUGAAUUGGUUAAGAAUGGCCCAAAAAGAGAUUUGACUAUUCAUAAGGGUCCCAUGGAUAAGGUUGGAAGACGAUUUUCUAAAUUCAUGUAUAACAGUAGCGGUAAGCAGAAAACUGAAAUAACCGAAAAAUCUGGACCGAAAAAACCGAACCGAAACAAAAACCAACGACAAGGGUAUAAGAAAGGUGGGUUGGAUAAUGAAGGUUAUUCAGAUUGGAAGCAUGCUUCUCAGGGUCUUAAGGACCAUGAAGUUAGCUUUGAACAUCUCAAGCACAUGCAUCAAUGGUUUGAAAUAAAUCAAAGGUUUAAUUGCAAUGAAACAAUAGACAAAGAAGCAUAUGAGCAUUUCAAAAAAGAAAAAGAUUUUGGAAAGAAGUGA